AUGGACAGCUGUGGGUACCACAGAAGCCCCGUCACUCUGUCCCAGCUUUUUCAUGGAGGCCGUUAUUCUCGACCACACUCCACUUGCCGACUAUCUUAAGGGUCCGUUGCGCCUCCACGGACCAGCACCGGGCUGGCCCCUUUCCUGCCGUGUUUCUAAUCAUUUUUCCGAUGGCAGACGAGGGAGAGGAAAGGUUCGAGCGCGAGCGCGAGCACGAGCACGAGGACGAUCUCGACCUCGAUCUCGACCUCAAGCAUGAGCAUGACCGCGACUCUUCAACAUGGGGCUCUCCGCCGACCGAGCACAACCCCCGACACGAUGUGUCGCCACCCUCGAGUCCGUCUUUCGCGCCGGUCGGACGCCCCGUGGUGAGGAAGCGGUUCCGUAGCAACAUCCCGAACCCGCUGCGCCUCGACAUCCCCCACGGGGCCCGAUUAAGUUCGCUCCAACAUUCCUAUUCGAAUGCUGUGGUGACGAGGAUGGACCGCGUCGACAAUGUCAAGUUUAUUGAGCAGUUCCGAUACACGAUCGUCGCGUCGCAACUACUCAGCGGACAGUCCCUCUCGAGCCAGCACCAGUACUACAACCGAUCGAAAGAGCCACCAAACACCACUCCCAAUGUAGUGGUGCCGACGUCGACGGGCCUACUAGCGACAGCUGCCGGCGCGCUCAUCGUGGCGUGGAUGAUCAGCUGGGUCUACUCUGGUGGUAUUGCCUACCUGACCAAAAAGCGCAUGCUGUUUGCGACGACCGUCUUGAUAGUGGGCGUCUUGUUUUCUCACGCCUACAUUCGGAAACAGUGGCUCCGGUACGUGCGUGAUCAGGCAUUGAACGAGGUCGCAACCUUCGUGUCGGGGUCCCAAGAUUUGGACAGCGCGUCCAGUGCUGCGCUGUCACUUAUCCAAGAGGUCGAGCUCGUCUCGCGGGGAUACAGAAUUAGCGCGCCGUUGCCUCCCAUCAGUCGCAUCGAAGACAGAAGCCAGACCCGCCGAUGCCUGCGGCUGCGCAAGGCCCUGAAGGCUCGUCUCGCCGACAUGAUUCAGAACUACACCCAAGUGUCCUCCGUGUUCAAAGGGUUCUCAGAGCAACUGGACCUAGACAAGUUUUACGAUAUCUAUGAUAUCAGCGACUUCGAUAUGUCGGAUGCCUUGCAAGGCUUUUCAGAGAGCGAGUUUGAAGACUCUGAGUCCCUUCGCGUGCUUAAGAUUGCCGCCACUCGAUUUCACACCAUUCGCAAGAUUCUUUUAUGCGCUCUGCUUGCAUUCGAGGCUAGCGGGGACAAUACCGACUUUUUGCGAUGGUCAACGGCUGUGGAAGGGCUCCGGACACUCAACGAAGUUACCAAAGACUGCUUUGAAAGACUUCGCCACAUCUUGAGUGAAGAAGAGACCUUUCCCACCUUCCCAGAGCCCAAGAUGCCAUUGACGCCAGGCCGAGAGAGGCGGCGGUCUCAAUUUAGAAAGCUGAGCUCGCUUUCCACCGGAAUCCGAGGUCUCCAGGCCAAGCUAGCUCUGUUGCGCGAAGAGUCCGAGAGGUCUCUCAACGAGGCCGACGAUGUAUCUGAACUCGGCUCGAGCCUGCUGGCCCAGUACGACUCGAUUGGACAGGACCUGAGGACGCUGACGCAAGCGUGGGAGGAAGGGAAAGCAGCGCUAGCAUCGGGUAUCGACCGCAAUGAGAAGCGACUGUCUUCCAUGAGCCUCUUUUCGCCCACAAGCUCACUGAGCGGGCUUACCACGGUUGAGGAGGGAGGGACGAUGGAUGCUUUUAAAGCACUCACAGGCGAAUCCCCGCCCAGUUCGAAUUUCGGCAGCACGAGGGGAGAUAUCGACGAGGCCGAAGUGUUUGAGGCGGUCGCCCUGCCCCGACCUCGCAGCACGCUCUCGAGAGAGGAACGACUUAUGAAGAUGAAGGAAGACCGAGGGAAGAGAGAGAUUGCCAGGGAGAAGUCCGACGCGAACCAUGGAAUGCUUCGAGAACUCGAGAUGGUCAUCAAUCUCCGCCCGAAGCGAUCGAACACCGCCGCAGCAAGGCCCUCGCACGGCCGCUUCUCAAUAUGACAUUUGACGAUGACACGAUUUUCAUCUUUUGCUUUCAUCACUGCGCGUAUCCUAGAUCGGAAGCAUUCACGGGGCUCAAAAAUUCAACGGUGGCAGGAUAGAGGCGUUUUCUAGUCGCGGUUCCGGUCCAUAAACUUGCGAAUGACAGGACUCAUGACGGCGUUUUUCCACUUAUACAUUUUUCUCUUUUUUCCCGGCCGGUAGCGUCGCGGACACC